AUGGCAUCCCUGGUUCAGGCCUGCUCAGAUAAGACUCCCAAGACCCUGAAAAUGUGGCUCUUGGAGCUCUUAACCAUCCAACCACAGCUGGUAUUGGUCCUGGCUCUGACUCAGACAGGCCCCCACUCCCUGCGGUACUUCCUCACCGCCAUUUCCCCGCCCGGCGGCGGGAAACCCCGCUACAUCGCAGUCGGCUACGUGGACGACACGCAGUUCGUGCGCUUCGACAGCGACUCGGCGAGUCCGAGGAUGGAGCCGCGGGCGCGGUGGGUGGAGCAGGAGGGACCCGAGUACUGGGAAGGGGAGACGCGGAGAGCCAAGGACGCCGCAAAGAAUUACCGAGUGAACCUGAAAAUCCUGCGCGGCUACUACAACCAGAGCGAGGCGGACUCUCACACCUACCAGAGAAUGUCCGGCUGCGACGUGGGGUCCGACGGGCGCCUCCUGCGCGGGUACAGUCAAUACUCCUACGACGGCGCCGACUACAUCGCCCUGAACGAGGACCUGCGCUCCUGGACGGCGGCGGCGGGCACGCAGGCUUGGAGAACCCAGCGCAAGUGGGAGCAGGGGGGUGAGGCUGAGCACCACAGGGACUACCUGGAGAACAUCUGUGUGCCUUGGCUCCGUAGAUACUUGGAGAACGGGAAGGACACGCUGCUGCGCGCAGAAGCCCCCAAAAGACACAUCACCCACCACCCCUUCUCUGACCAGGAGGUCACCCUGAGGUGCUGGGCCCUGGGCUUCUACCCUGCCGAGAUCACCCUGACCUGGCAGCGUGAUGGGGAGGACCUGACCCAGGACACAGAGCUGGUGGAGACCAGGCCUUCAGGGGAUGGAACCUUCCAGAAGUGGGCGGCUGUGGUGGUGCCUUCUGGAGAGGAGCAGAGAUACACGUGCCGUGUGCAGCACCAGGGGCUGCCGGAGCCUGUCACCCUGAGAUUGAAGCCCCCAUCUCAGCCCACCAUCCUCCCUGUGGGCAUCAUUGUUGGCCUGUAUCUCCUCGCGGCUGUGGUCACUGGAGCUGUGGUGGCAGCUGUGACCACCAGGAGGAAGCACUCAGGUGGGAAAGGAGGACAGUACACUCAGGAUGCAAACAGCGACAGUUCCCAGGGCUCUGAUGAGUCUCUCUCAAACCCUAGAGUGUGAAACAAGUGCUCUGUAUGAGGCUGAGGAAUGCAAAAUUUCCUCACAUUUUUAUGUUGUGACAAGAAUUGUAUGUAUUCUCAAGCCAUGGGACUUGACUGUGUCUGUUGUCCAAUCACAUACUUUGAGGGGGGAGUCUCGCCCAACCCUGGCUAGCAGGCCCUCCCCACAGUUACCUGUGUUCUCCUCCCUAA